AUGGCUCCCUGGCUGCAUCUAGCAGCUCUUCCUCCAUCAUUAGUGUUCUUCCUCACUCAUGCCCUCCUGCCUUCCGUCGCGUCCGCCUCCCAAUCCCAAUGGCCGUACAAUCUUCCGCCCGACGUGAAGUACUACCCUGAAGACGAGAAGAUGAUCAAGCGCGAUCUACACAUCCAGCAACGGCUGUUACAAAGUCCUGUCAAGGGUGUGAGGAAAAUGACUGGAGAUCCCGGCGAGAAGUUCUACCUCGACUACUGGCAUUUUGAACCCGAGGAACACGAAACGCAGGGAGACGAAGAAGAUAGAGAAGAAAACUCGUCUGAAAUUCCCAGCUGGGACAACUUCACAUAUUUAUCUUCUUGGACAUCGUUCGAUCCCGCUGUCAGAGUGCACGAUGCACCCACGGACCACCACCAGAGACCGAGGCUACUCGCUCGAUUACCUGGUUGGCAUCUCUUCGAAAAGCGCGACUUCAAUUGUCCUUCUGGCACUUCAGCCUGCACCUCCAUCAACCGACCAAACAGUUGCUGUGGGACCGGGUCAACAUGUAUAAUCGUGCAAGACACUGGACUGGGUGAUGUCGGUUGCUGUCCAAAUGGCCAGACUUGCACAGGAUCCCUUGGUGCUUGUUCUCAAGGGUAUACAGAAUGUCCCAAUAACCCGGGCGGAGGCUGUUGCAUUCCAGGAUACGCGUGCUUCGAAGUCGGAUGUGUGCAAACGAACACAGCAACCCUGGUACCAGCCCCAGGCCCCUCCACGACGACCGUCACAAGCUAUACCACAGUCACUCCGUCCUCCCCGACGACCUCGACGACCAGAACGACCUCCAGCAGUACCUCCACACCAACAUCAACCUCUACACUCCCACCCGAAAUCGCAACCGUGACCCGCACCAUCACCGUGACCAGCUCUCCCACCAACCAGCCACUCACCUGCUCCUCAGGCUACCGCUCCUGCCCUGCCUCGCAAGGCGGCGGGUGCUGUCCUACAGAUCGAGACUGCGGUUCAGCGAACUGUCCCGCCACGACGACAACAGGCUCAGCAGCACCACCCGUCCGUCCAACCACCGAGACAACAACGACUGAAACCACCACCACCGUGCCUGGCUCCAGGUCUACCUCAUCAUCCACCACAGAGAUCGUAGGCUGCCCCACAGGCUUCUACGCGUGCUCCGCAUACUACCAAGGCGGAUGUUGCCAGGUCGGACGAGACUGCGGCUCGACAUCCUGCCCGACGAGCGCCAGCACCACCCUCGUCAACUCCAACGGCGUCACGAUCGUCGCGCCCACCGGCUCCGGCAUCACGGCUCCGGCGUCCCUGCUCACCGGCUCCUGUGCACAGGGCUGGGCGACCUGCGCUCCCUCUGUAAACGGUGGCUGCUGUCCCAGUGGCUAUGCCUGUGAGACGGCGACGUGUGCUGCCGUCAGCGGUGGUAGUGAUGUCGGAAAAUUGGCGCCGGAGAGCGGUGCGGCUGCGCUUGUCGGCGAUGCGAGGGUCGGCCUGUUCGUGGGCGCGUCGCUGAUGGUGAGCUUCAUGGUCGGUAUUCUUGGAGUCGUCUUGUGA